AUGGACCCCAACGGGAUUGCAACUCAGUUUCUCAACGCCUAUUAUAAGACGUUUUCGGAGAACCGUGGCAUGCUCCAGAGCUACUACGGCGCCGAUUCUAAGCUGAGUUGGGAAAAUGCAGAGUUUACUGGCGCAGCAGAAAUUUCUCAGAAGCUUACCAGCAUCAAUGCGCAAAAAAUCGAGUACCUCCAUGUUGAGCACGUAGUGCAGGUGCUACCUGGCGACCUACUACUCCUACUUGUCAACGGUCAUAUGUCAAUUGAUGGUGCCCCCGCCCUAGGGUUCUCUCAAAUCUUCGUAUUACAAAGAACACCUGCUGGUUCCUGGUUCAUCCGGAAUGAGAUAUUCAAGUUCCAGUUUGCUUCCAAGUAA